AUGGAUCUUCUUAGGCUUCAAAACAAUGUGACUGAAUUUGUUCUCUUGGGACUCACACAGAAUCCACACUUGCAGAAAGUACUCUUCAUUGUCUUUCUGCUCAUUUUCCUGUUUACCAUGGUGGCCAAUCUGCUCAUUGCCAUCACCAUCUCCCUCAGUCCCACACUUUCUGCUCCAAUGUACUUUUUUCUCACUUACUUGGCCUUCAUAGAUGCCUUUUACACAUCUGCCACAACUCCUAAAAUGACCAUUGAUCUGCUGUACCAAAGGAGAACCAUCUCCUGGCAUGGAUGCCUGGUUCAACUCUUUUUGGUACACUUCCUGGGAGGAUCAGAAAUCAUAGUCCUCAUUGUCAUGGCCUAUGACCGCUACGUGGCCAUCUGCAAGCCUCUGCACUACAUGAUCAUCAUGCGACAGCCAGUCUGCCAGCUUCUGGUGGUUGUGGCCUUGGCUGGGGGGAUGCUGCAUGCUACUGUGCAGAUUCUUUUCACAGUAGACUUGACCUUCUGUGGUCACUACGUCAUGGACCACUUCAUGUGCGAUUUCUUCUCACUCUUGGAAAUUGCCUGUAGUCACACACACACACUUGGAAUGGUGGUGGCAGCCAACAGUGGGGCCAUGUGCUUGCUCAUUUUUUUCCUGCUCCUCAUCUCCUACAUAGUCAUCCUGAGCUCCCUGAAAUCCCAUGGCUCUGAAGGACGGCGUAAAGCCCUCUCUACAUGUGGCUCCCACUUUACAGUAGUGGUGCUCUAUUUUGUUCCUUGUAUAUUUAGUUACAUGCGUCCCGUGACCACUUACCCUGGGGACAAGUUGGUGAGUGUGUUCUUUAUAAUCCUCACUCCCAUGUUAAAUCCUAUCAUUUACACAGUGAGAAACACAGAGGUGAAACAUGCCAUGUGGAGUUUGUUGAAGAGGAGAGUAGCUUAG